UUCAAAGUACCGAAACUUCUGAGUUGAAUCUGCUGAGAAAGGUUUCUCCUCUGUGGUUCAUUCUUGUCAACAAAAACUGCGGUUUGGAUUUUAUGGUUAGCCUUAUUUGUCAAUGUUUUGCCGAAAAAAUGUCGGGAAAUUUACUAUACAUUUGUCUCGCUUUUGUUUUUUGGGCGCUGCCGUGCCACAGUGAGCAAGCGUCGGACACCGAUGUAAACCGUAUCCGGAUUACUUCCCGGAAUUUCGGGGGCCCCCUGUACCGGAUCACCAUACCACACGGGACAUCCUACACCAUCGUCUGUCCACAGACUAGACAGGAAUUGAACAAUCCUGCACUGCCAAUAACCGAAAAUAUCCAGUCGUACCUGGACACCGUCAACCACUUAUCGUGUCAGCAUCCCUUUCCCGAUUUCCGCACGGCACAGACACCGGACCGCGGCAUCACCGUCCUGAUUAUGAGUGCCCGCUACGCCGCGACCGCCCCGGUGGGCAUCUGCAUGGAUACUUUUGUCUGUGAUACGGAGAUGACCAGUCAGUGUGACCGCUACAUCCACCACAACUGCACGCUGGACGCCCGCGAUCCCCUGGAAUUGCCCGGGUGUCAGGGACGAUCGCUGUUUGUGGAGUACGACUGCCGGCCGGCACCGGUGAUGAUCAACUAAUACGAACGGGAUCGCGGCGGACGGAUUUGGAUUGCUACUUUCAACGUAUAAAGUUUAAUGCAUAUAUUCAGUCAAUAUUGGGAUGGGCUGAUCAUGAGUCUUACGGUGAACUCGCGCCACUUCGAAGUUUGUUUGUUUGAUAUUCUUUUACGUAGUACGUAAUAAUAUCUAAUCAUGUAAUUAUCGCAGUUCGCAGCCAUGUGUGCUCGAUCUUGUUUCUCUACGAUACACAAUAAAUUAUUAUUAUUA